UAACGAAAGAGUGAUUCGGAUUCGCCGAGCGUGUUGGAUGAUUCCUCCGUAAUAGAUGUCACACAUUUUGGCGAUCCUACCAGACUGCUGAAUUUUCAGCAGAAAUUCUGAGCUUUCUCUUCUUUACUGAGGAAUCACCCACACCGCAGGUGAGUUUUCCAACAAAAGGUUAAAUUUUGUUAAAAGGUGGAAUCUGAAGCAUGAUCCGGAAAGUGGUCGCUGAUAAAUCGCCAUCGCUGACGUAAGCAGGGAUGCAAGUGCCACGCCAACCGAUGAUACCGCGAUAUUCCCUGAUAUCAGAAAUGCCGACAACAAUAAUGACAGGCUUCAGCAUAACACCGAACAGAAACAGCGGGAGGUCCUAUUAGCGCCACUAAAUGCAUCACAUAGCGCAAUGUUGCAACCGCUUAGUGAAGGUGAAAAUUUUCCCCACAGUGACAGGCGAGAACCGGAAAACGAGCGGAUGAUAACGUUGCACACGAAUGGAAAAGUAGUGCCUCUGCAUCAAACGAAAGACGGUGACUGCAGGUCUCCUCAUGCCGAAGGAGGAGAGGUACAUUCCACCCCACGUGGAGUGUUUCAUCAGAUUCUGGUGACAUGUGCGGUGCUACUAUUGGCCGCGGCCUGCGGGAUGCCCAUCGGAUACUCAGCGGUUCUGCUUCCCCAGCUAUACAACGUGAGCGAACCAUUGUACAUCGAUGUCGAGAUGGGGUCGUGGAUUGCCAGCGUCCACAGCCUCGCUACACCUAUUGGUUCGUUCGCUUCCGGUCCAAUUAUGGAUCGGUGGGGUCGGAAACCUGCCUUGCUGCUCGCCAUCGUUCCUCUGCUGAGUGGAUGGAUCUUUCUCGCAACGGCAUCAUCGCAUUUCCUGAUUCUCGUGGGACGAGUCGUCGCGGGUAUUUCCGUAGGAUUAAUCGCCGCCCCCGCUCAGGUACUACUGGCAGAGAUCGCUGAACCGCGUUUGCGUGGGCUUCUGAUCGGCGCUCCCUUUGUCUCAUACUCCAUGGGAAUACUGUUGGUCUAUGCGAUGGGCAGUUAUCUUCAUUGGAGAGAAGUGGCGUGGGGUGGCAUCAUUCUUCCGAUACUGUCCUUUGUGGCGCUCGCAUUCGCUCCCGAGACUCCGGUUUAUCUCGCUAGAAACAAUAAACUAGAGCAAGCCGCCAGAGCACUUACUUGGUUGCGUGGUAGUCCUAUCCAGGCAAAACGUGAGUUGCUUCAACUGAUCGAACGAUUCGAGAGUGAAACUCAGGAAGGCUCCAACGGGGGCAUCUGGAAAACGUUGACGGAAGUCUCACUCAUCAAACCACUGAUCAUUAUCAACGGAUUCCACAUUCUACAAAUACUUUCCGGAACGUACCUGGUAGUAUUCUACGCGGUCGACAUUAUUUCCGACAUGGGCGGAACCGAUAUCAACACAAUGCAGGCGGCAGUUCUCACAGCUGCCGUUCGGCUUGCCUUCACCUUCCUGUACUGCUUUUUGCUACUGGUAAUGCCGCGCCGGAUGAUGGUUAUCGGCAGCGGAAUCGGAUCUGGGAUCAGCUGUUUAGCGAUUUCCAUUUUUAUGUAUGUGCGUCUGGACGCCAUUAAAACGCCGAUUGACACCUAUGUGGCCGCUGCUUUCAUCCUACUCUACAUAGGCACCAACACCGGCUUCAUGACAAUGCCUGGCAUCAUGAUCGGAGAGCUUUUGCCGGCCAAAAUCCGAGGACGGAUAGCGGGGUAUUUAUUUACAGUAUUCAAUCUCGUACUGUUUGGGGUAGCCAAAGGAUUUCCGUACGCCAAGCAAGCAUUCCGAACGCAGGGGCUGUUCCUCAUUUUCGGCACCGCGUCUUUCGGGGCCUCGCUCCUGAUGUAUCUCAUGCUGCCCGAAACCAAGGGAAGAACUCUACACGACAUCGAAGAUUACUUCCAGCAGCGAAACUGGUUUUGGAUAAUGAGAAGUAAGGAAAGAGAUACUGAACAGGCGUCAGAUGCUAGAGAACCGUUGAAAAGUAAUGGAGUUUAGGGAACAGAUAUUCAUAUAUUGAGUAAGCCACAAACAACUAUUGACGGGUGAAUAACCUUUUUAAUGCGUGAGUGUGAAGAAUAAAGUUUUUUUUUGUUUUGUAUGAGUACACUUGGAAUCCCUGAAAAUUCAAUGGAAUUCAAGUAAUCUGAAAACACCCAAAGGAACACUUAUUUAAAUCGACGUCUAAAACACUUUAAAAUGUAAACUUUGAACACUCAUUCGUCUUGUAAUGUUUUCUUUCUAACAUUCCACAUAAUAAACAUGGGAUAUGGUAAAUGUAAAUGCACGAAAAAAGGAAGUUCACCCACUCACCGACAACUGCUUCCCAGUGCUACCGCAAAGUAGAAAUCAAUUGUGAUAUUACUUGUUAGAUACUAAGUUAUGGCCACUUGUAACUAUUUGUAUGACAAAAUAAUUGAAAAUAAUUAUAAACCAGAAUUAGAGCACAAGAGAUCUAUAGUGAACUAAAAUAGUACCAGUGUAAGCUACGAACAAAAUACAAAUAUAAAUUUAGAAGAUGGAGAUGUUAGAGAA